AUGAAGAAGGGUGUUAGUUUCCCGGUAACUGUUGCCCUCAUGGCAUUGGUUUCCUCUCUUGCCUCUGCCUCUGAUCCUAGCCCACUGCAGGACACUUGUGUUGCCAUUGAUGAGCCCAAGGAUGCUGUUUUUGUGAAUGGAAAGUUCUGCAAGGACCCAAAGCUGACCGAGGCUGAGGAUUUCUUCUUCUCAGGCCUGGAUAAGCCAGGAAACACAUCAAAUCCAGUAGCCUCAAAUGUCACUACCGUAAAUGUUGGACAAAUAAAGGGACUUAACACUCUUGGCAUAUCCAUGGUUCGUAUUGACUAUGAACCAUAUGGCCAAAACCCUCCUCACACUCACCCUCGUGCCACUGAGAUCCUAACUGUCUUGGAGGGAACCCUCUACGUUGGCUUUGUCACAUCCAACCCCGAAAACCGCCUCAUUAGCAAAGUCCUCAACAAGGGGGAUGUUUUCGUGUUAGCACUAUAUAUGUGUAAAAGAAAAUGA